UAUCUAGUAUAUCCUAUUAGUAAAUUUUAAAAUUAAUGUUCUGCCUGUUUCUCCGUACAAAUUGUCACGUACUUUUUAUUACUUAUUUUUCCAGAAGCAAAAGCUGAGGAGGACUUUAAAGUUUAAAAUACUCUAAUUUUUUUAACCGUCAAAAUUGUCAAAAAUUGUUAAGGUUAAAAUUUCAGAAAGCCAGAGAAAGGAGAAAGCUGUUUUGAAGCAUUGUUUUCAAGUUAUAUAGUUUUAUUAUUUUCAGUUUAUUUUAUAAAAUGGAAUUAGUGCUUCAAUAAUUUGCUAACAUGCCAAGUAUAAAGGAUAUGAAGAAAAAAUCUAAAAAUAGUUUUCGGGAAACCGAGGGAAGCAGCUCACUGUCAUUACAAAUGGAACUUGAACUGAAUGCCUUAAGAACAAAGAAUUUAGAUUUAACCAAAUUAAAUACGAAAUUAACUCAGGACAAUGCCGAAAUGAGAAGUCAAAUCUACUCCUUACAAGCAGAUUUAUUGCAAAUGCAAUCAAAGUUUAAUAGUGUUCAGUCGGCUUUCACCAAUUUAACAGAAAAUAUGAAGAGCUGUACUCCAAAUUUAGUUAACAUAUUAAACUUAUUUUUGGAUGUAACUGGAAAUUGUCAACGUUAUAAUAGUAUCAGUUUUUCUGAAAAAAGUAUUACAUCAAGACAGUCUAAAGCAAUAACACAUGCUGUUCAGCCGCACACUGUGAAUGGAACGGUGCUGAAUUUGAAUCCCAGAGUUUCACUUACUAGAUUAAGUACUACCAAUACUACAACUACGGAAUCAACUGUUGUAUCAAAUAAUCAUACAAAUGGAGAUGUUUGUAUCCCAUCGACAUCAUAUUCCAAUGAAAAUUAUAAUGAUACUGAUAAUUUUGAGGUCGAUGAAAAUGUUUCAGUUACAAGAAGAAAUGAACGAUCUGAUUAUCUUUCUCGUGAACCCCCUAAUGAUGAUGAUAUGGAGGGCACCUCAAGAGAGACAUCAGAAUUCCUGGAUCAGUUGAGUGUCAUUCCUGAAGAAAGUUACUUCUCUGAAAUAAAUCAGCAAUCUCGUUUUAGCGAGAUAAGAAUAUGUUUGAGUCCUUUGUCAGCUAGAGAUAUUGAAAAGUCCUUAAACAGAACAUGUAGUUCAACAACAGCAAAUGUAAAUGAUACGCAUUUGAAUGUUGAAACAACUGUAGUAGAAAAUACAGACAAUGUAGGAAGACAAAGAAUGCAAACUGACAUAAUGAUAUUUUCGCCACGUACUAAUUCAACUAGAAUGGAAUAUGAAGCCUCUUUUUGUGAGCCAACUACUGUCGACGAAAUUCAACGUUUGCCAACCCCAACCUUAUCGGCAUUGGGUGAUAUAAAAAGGGAAGAUCUCUCUGGAAGUAGAUCAAAAUUAGAAGUUUUUAGAGAAUUAUCUCAUACUAGAAAUAUAUCACCUAUAUCUCCAUUAGUAGAUUCUGAACUCAGACAGCUUAGGUCUAGUAAGUCACUAAAGUCUGAUUCAGAAAAAGAAUCUCCAAAGUCUUCCAGGAACAGUUCCAGUAAUAAAAUAAGAAAUAAAUACAGCAUCAACACACAGAGACCUAGAACUCAGGAGUUUACUAAGUCGCCUACUAUAAUCUUAGAAAAGAUGGACUUUGCUAUAUCAAGAUUAAGUAAAAACAGUCUAAGUUCUAAGGACAGUAUGGAGCGCAAACGACGAAAAAAUAUUGAAAAUAAAUUUAAAAAGUUAAAAGUUGACAGUAGAAGUUCAAUAGAAACUAAUAAAAACAGCGUACCCAGUUCUCCCGAAUCGGUCUCUUCGGAGAGUUCAGGCAGACCUAAGAGGGCAGCCAGGCCAAAAGACUUGAAGGACGCAUCAUUAAAAGUGAAGUUAAGAAGAAUGGUCUAGUAUAAUAUGUAACUAGCUGGAAACUAAAACUGAUUAUUAUUUAAUGUAAAAAUGAUUUUUUGUUAAUUUAAUAUUUUUUCUGUAAUGUUUUGAUUCAGAUAUGUAAAAGUUGUGUUUACAAUUUAUAUACAAAAUAGUUUUAUAUGUGUGCUCCAAAUGUUUUAUGGAGUAAUUAUAUUGUACUAGUUUUUUACCUAAAUUAAAUGGAUUUAUGAAUA